AUGCGCCGGGAACGCCUACCGCGGCUACGCUCGGAGGUGUCCUGGGCCGCGAGCUUGCGCGGCUGCUGCGGGGAGGCGGCCCAAGCCGAGCUCGACAAGCUGGAGGGUGACACCGCCGCGCUGGUGGCGGAGGAGCGUGCGAGGGCGCUCCAGCAGGAGGCGCGCGCCUUGGAGGAGGCCCGCGCCGCGGCCGCGGCCGCGGCCAGGCGGGCCGCCCCGCAGCGGUUCGGCCUGCAGCAGUCGCAGAGCCUCACGGACCUGCGGCCCAAGGCGGGCGUCGGCGACGCGACGUUGCCCCGGCCAGACUCCGCGGCGGUGCAGCGGCGCAUCGUGCGGGAGGCCAUGACGAUGCUCCGCAAGUGGCAGAGUCACAGCGAGGUAGCUUACGCCCUGUGCGAUUGCCUGCUGCGGAUGGGCGUCUUCGAGGCGGCGGCGGCGGCGUCGGCGGCGUGCCUCACGCGUGGCGGCCCCUGGGCCAGCCUCUCGCCUGAGGGCGCGCCAGGCGGCUGGGGCGGCGGCGUGGGGCUCGCCAGGAGCUGCCUCAGCGUCGCCAGCGGCAGCAGCGCCUCGGUCCUGGGCGGGCUGCCUCUCCUGGCUGGCGUAGCCGUCGGGCUGGACCGCGGGUGGGAGGUGGUCCUCACGCAGGGGAGCCAUGUCGCUGUCGUGCACCGCGGCGUGGUCGUCGUACGGCGGCAGGGUGCCUGCAGAUUGUCCGAGACCAUCUCCGUGGCUGAGCUCGCACAGAGCGUGCAGAACCAGCGCCUCUGGCGGCCCAGCCAUCGCAGAGGGUGCGAUGGGUGGGAGGUGUGGCCGUUGUACUCGAUGCAUCUGCCAGCCGCUGGGGGCGGGCCUCCGCACUUCUGCUCGAACCACUCCUUGAUGCUGGUGAGGGCCGUCGCCGACGUGACCGACUGGCUGCAGCACUUGCACCUCCACCCUCGUCCUCGUCUGAGCUUCACCAGGUCGCAGUUGGCUGCUCCGUCUGGUCGCUCAUCGCGCCGUGCGUGCCAGCCGGCGAGGGUGAUCUCGCUGUCCGUCCAGAACGUCAGGCAAUUGAUGAAUGACCAAAGCUCCGCCCUGUUGUUCGACUGGCGCGCGCCUGGCAGAGGGCCGAACUUCGCGGCUCUGGUCGGGAAGCCUCUGGAGCGCCCGCUGGUGCCGAGCAGCACCCAACUCCACCCGCAUCGCCUGUACCUCACGUCGUUGCUGUACUCGCCGCCUGAGCCGCACUGCCCCAGCGGCGUCUCCUGCUGCUCGGUGCAGCACGGGGUGGCACCGUCCAUGCCUUGGGCGUGA